AUGCUAACAUAUCCAGAUAGACAGAGAUUUGAACAAAUACGAGCUUUGUGGGAAACGGCGCGGUCGGAUGAAGAAAAUAUAGCAGAUAUGGUAAGCUGGAGGGACAAAUCAGCGCCUCAGCAGCCUAUGGGCGCAGACCUGCAUGAGAACGGCGCCCGAAAGUUUCGGAGAAAGCUCAGCUACGGCCUCUCUCUCAUAUCGAAUCCUCUCUCUCAACGGAAGAUCACCCCGGGCCGCAAUAAAGUUGAGAUCAAUUCAUUGGCUGUCACUGAGCCACCCACAACUGACGCCAUCACUACUGCCUCUGCAUGCGAUCCCCCGACUUUACUAGCGCGCGAAUCGACGUCUCUCAUAAACUUUCAUGACUUGACAAAAGGUCUAGUAGGGCAAACGGAUGUCGAUACCUCACUCCAGAGUGACGAUGCUGAUAUCACCCCCAAGCCACUUCCUCGCUCGCGCACGUUGGGCUUCAUCCCGCUCUCCGUCAGCACUGAGCCUGAUACACUAGAGCCAGAUAUCAACGAAUCCGUCAAGUUCUGCUCUCCGGGAGUGAUUCCUGUAUCUGAGCUAAAUUCAGUGCCUUCAAAGAUUCCUUCACCAAGUCCUCCGUUGUUUGAACAUCGUUGCGCUAGUCCACGUCGAUAUCUUCAUCACCAUCCAUCCUUCAGUGCAUCACAACAAACCAAAUACAUUGCUGCAGCACAAGCAUUUGUUAGCCCCAAAAAACGUUCACCUGCAAGAAUUUCACAGCCAUUACGGUCACGCACAACACCAAACCUUGUGAAGGGAUCGAACGCGCGACAGACUGCAGGGUUUAUGGUUCCUAGGCAACCAGGACCUAAGAAACCCAAUGUAUCCCAAAGAUCCGAGAAGCCAGUAUUACAGGAGAACAUUCCUAUCGAAAAGCGCAUCAACAAUAGGCAGCCGCAGAUACAAGAGAGUAUGCUGAAGCGUGAAUCUCUUGCGGUUGCCGGAGCAAUAUACGACAGGAGGUCAUUUGGACCAAGCACUCCAAAUAUGCAGGGCAGAAGAACAAGCUUCGCAACUCCACCAACUGCAAGCAAACAGGGGCGCUCCUAUCUUACUGAAAACACUCCAGCCACUGCAAAGAGAAUCCAGCGUGAGGAGCAGACUGUACUGCCGCCACUGCGCCUUACUAUGAAGCCUGACCUAGCUUCAAUGCCUUCACUUCCAGACACUUCGACAAAGAAAACGUCACAUAGGCCUCGUUCCUCAAAGGCAGAUUUGCUACGAUCCUACACGCAAGCAGAUUUGUCGAGGAAAACACUAGGUACGCCGAAUGGUUUGGGUGGUGUUUGGCGACUAUCUCGUGCGCUUGCUAUGGUAAAUCACGAGGUGAGCAAACUUCCGCGCUCCAAUACCUUCCAUUAUCUUGGAUCUCAGCCAGAAGCUGCCCCGCCAGUGCCUCUUCUGUCACUGCACCACGGAAAGUCAUCCCUGUCAGAGACAACACAGAAUUUACGUAUGAGUCAAGACACGCUCUUCACGCCUCAUGACGGAAGAAUAGUAUCCGAUACUAUCUCAUGUCAGUCAAUACCCGAAGAGAAUGGUGAAGAGGUGUCAAGUCAGGGCUGCACAAAUACGCAACUUGAGGCUACAAGAGCCUCUGCUCUAUCAGAGACGCCCAGUACAUCAACCUUCAGUCUUACAAUAUUUCCCUCAUUACCAGAUAGGCCUCAGCCUCCAGUCUUGGGAACACACCCUGUACCAGGCGCAACAACAAGAUCAUCACAGGAAGUUUUACGCGAGACUUUAGGAUCUGUUCAGGGGGAAGAGACGCCAGAAGAUGCUGACAAUAGUGUUUUCCAGGUCAAAGAUUACAUGCCACCGCUGUAUUGGGCUGGAAGAUUUCAAUCUCGGUAUGACCAGUGGCGUACUGACGCCAUGAAUGCGGAGUUGAAUACUCAGCCGGGCCAGCGAGGAAAGGACCCAUUGAGCGAAUACAGGCUUGACCAGGGAAACCUUGCCGCAUGCCAUAUCCUUGCGCAGCUGCGUGCUCUAUGUACUACUGACCAAGCAGCAGACAGUCUUUGGGUAUGUGAUGAGUUCGAGUACAAUUAUCGAAAGGAUCACAGGCUGCUUGGCAAUCCAGCCGAUCUCCCAAGAAGAGCUACACCCAAGCAAAGCGAUAGUGAAACUCUUCCCGAGACUGGAGCCGGUACUUUUGAACGAGCUUUCAGAAAACUGACCCCUCGCAAGAGUAGCCUUGUCAAUCUCAUGAAGGGCAAAGGAUGGAACAAAUCGGACGAGACGAAGGAAAAUGAUACUUUGGAGGAGGACCGAGAGACAUCUACGGGGAAGUCUUAG